CCAAGCCAUUAGGCACCAAGCAUCACUUCCUCGGUCACGCUUCAUUUGAAAACAUUCGAAACGAAACCUCCAAAACAGAAAUUCCCUCCCCCCUCUACACACAAAAAAAAAUCAAGCCGCCUUCCUUCUUCCACUCAGUAUAGCGCCAAACGAGAGAGAAAGAGAGGAGACGGGAGAAGGAACGCGGCCGCGAAGGGACGCAGGAAACGCCUCGACAUUGCGAACGCGGCCAGACGUCGUCGGCUCGGCGAGUGAGAGCGACGCCCGGAAUCGCGGCGCACUUUUUCACCUUAAUUAAUUCGCAAUUCCAGAUAUUUUGAGAGGGGCCAGGCAUCAUUCAUUACUUUCACCUGACAAGGACUUGAACUGGUAUGAAGAAAGCUACAUUUUGGCGACAGCAAGUUCACUGUCAGUAUGGAGGAUCCCCAGUACUUGCACAAAGAUAAUAAGAUUAAUGAGCCUAUUGUGGAAGUGCAACAAAUAGCAUCCCACAAUGUUAUGUGGAUGCAGCCAACUGAAAAACCAUAUGAAUGUGAAGAGUGUGGUAAAAGGUUUGCACAAGAAAGUCAUCUGAAUAACCACUUGGUUUGGCAUAGGAAGGAGAAGAAGUUUGAGUGUGGAAUCUGCAGCAAGAGGUUUACCAUGGAAAGUCAUCUUGACAGUCACAUGAUAGUGCAUAGCGCUGAGAAGAAUUUUAAGUGUCAAGUUUGUGAAAAAUGCUUCACAAUGGAGAGCCACUUGAAUGGUCACAUGCUUGUUCACACAGAGGAAAAGAACUUUGAAUGUGACAUCUGUCAUAAAGCAUUUAUCAUGGAGAAUCACCUUAGAAGUCAUAAACUUGUACAUAUCAAGGAAAAGAAGUUUGAAUGCAUGAAGUGUGGCAAGCGCUUUGGGCAAAGAAGUCACCUGAACAGUCACAUGCAUUCGCACAAUGUUGAAAAACGUUUUGAAUGUGGAGUCUGCGGUAAACGUUUUGCUCUAGAGAUUCAUCUCACAAGCCAUGUGCUUGUCCAUAGCAUGGAAAAGAAGUUUGAAUGCGAUGUGUGUGGGAAGAGAUUCAUGAUGGAGAUUCAUCUUAAUAGCCAUCGCCAGGUACACAGUGUUGAGAAGAAGUUUGAGUGCCUUGUUUGUGGCAAGCGGUUCUCAAUGGAAAGUCACUUGAACAGCCAUAUGAUUGUUCACAGUGAAAAGAGAUUUGAAUGCGAGGUCUGUCGCAAACGUUUUACAAGGAAGGCCCACCUAAAUAGCCACAGGUUUGUGCAUAGUGAAGAAAAGAGGUUUGAGUGUCAUGUAUGCCAUAAGCGAUUCACACAAGAAAGCCACCUAAGCAGUCAUAUGUUUGUCCACAAUGAAGAAAAAAAGUACGAAUGCGAGGAAUGUGGCAAAAAGUUUAUCCAGGAAAUUCAUCUCAACAGUCAUAGAUUCAUACACAGUGAAGAAAAAAAGCUGGAGGCAAGUGAGUGGGGGAAAAGAUUACCAGAUGGCCAGCUCAAUGGCAAUGGUGCACAUGACAUGAUGAAGAGGUUUGCAUGUGAUGAGUGUGGCAAAAGGUUCUCUCAACUGAGUCACCUCAACAGCCACAGGUUUGUACACACGGAGCAGAAGAUCUAUGGUUGCGAGGAAUGUGGUAAAAGGUUUAGACAAGAAAGCCACCUGAAUAGCCACAUGUUUGUGCAUAGUCAGAAGAAGAGGUUUGAAUGCAUGGAAUGUGGAAAGAGAUUUACGCAGGAGAGCCACCUCAAUAGCCACCGAUUUGUCCACAGUGAGAGAAAAGGAAUGGAUUACACAGAAUACACAAAGCAGUAUCCAUUGCCACAGAAGGCUGUCACCAACAAUCAUGCUGUUGCUGCUGCAGCUGCUGCAGCUGUAGAUAAGAAGACUCAUGAAUAUUUAGAGACCAUGAAGAACUUCCCUCAACAAGCAUAUCAGCCAACAUAUGCUUAUGCACAGUGGGAGCAAGUAAGAACCCUAUGGACAAUGUAGCCAGGACAUGAAAUAAUGGUUUUAAAUUUGUAAGAGAGAUGACUACUGAAAAGAAAUUUGAGCCUGCCACCAUUAUGAACUAUUUGUAAAGUAGAAUCAAAUAUUAGCACACAAAGUCAACUUUUCCCAAUAGAACAUUGUGAUAUAGCACAUUGCUUAUGAACUCUUCCUUCAGUCAAUAUCAGAAUGCUUUGUUCUGUGUUGAAAAGGGGCCUUAAAAUGUUUCUCUUCUGCUGUAUUAUUUUUUAGAUACAGUACCUCCUGAAAACUGUAGAAUGACAAGGUCUCGACAUCUUUCAUCAGAUGUAAAUAUAAUGGUGCUUUUGAUGGACAUUUUGAUUUGAAGUGUUGAAGAAAUUCAUUCAUAAGUAGGAUGAUAUUGCAUUUAAUGCAUUAGUGAUCUUUCCACAUAAAUGAAUGACUUUCAUGGUGGCCAAAGGGCCAGUUUUUAUGGCCAAUAUAAUGGUUUACUGGUUUUUUAAGUUACUAUGUAGUUGAUAAUGUGUUUUGUCCAAAAAAAUGUGACUGAUCAGCAAGCACCAUAAGUGAUUUUGGUCUAAUUAUUUAUUUUACUUUUAAUUAAAUAUCUGUGUUAUUUCUCAAAUUAUAGUGUGUGAUAGACAACAUGUGUUGUAGCAUAUAUUCACAAUUUCCCUGUCAUUGAGGUGAUGAAAGAUGUACUGUAGUUAAAGAGAAAAUGCAUUCAUAUCAUCACCUGUGCAAUUGAUAGGUUCAAUGUUCCAGGAGCUUUCCCUAAUUUGCAGUCAUGGUAGAUGUCUGAUUGCAAUUAAAUACAAGGAAUGCUUGUGUUUAGAACUUUUUAUAUUGAUUUGUAGCAUUUUCCAAGUAUAUCUUGAGCUAUGCAUCAACUUGUUCUGUUGCACAUGUAUAAGAACUAGUAAUUUCAGAGUGAAUCAUAAGAGAUCAAAGUGCCAAUUUAAUUUUGUAAAUUGAAAAUCCCCAAAGAAGGUCCGGCACUAGUUGUUUAGAUUGUAUUGAAUUCACAAAUAUUUUCUUGGAUGUGAAUUCAGAUUGUAAAAAUUUGGCUCGUAGUUAGUGAUUAUCAAGGCAUCGUGAAACAGCAGUUGCUUGUUUGUGUGAGUAAGUUCAUUUGAAAUUUGAAAUAAAAUCUUUAUUGUUAUCAGCAUCAGGUGUUCUGUUUUGUUUUGAGAAAGGAUGGAUAGAUGGUGAAAUAUGUAACAAAAAAGAAAUAGUAGAAGACUGAUUUUAAUUGUGUUGUACGUGUAGGAAACGUUAGUGAGAAUCUUCACAUAGGUUAAAUGAGUUGAAUGUACAUUUCUCUCCCUCCCUCCCUCCCUCCCUCCCUCCCUCCCUCCCUCCCUCCCUCCUCUCUCCCUCCUUCCUCCCUCCCUCCC